CAUCACACCCGUGCCUUCCUCCGCAUCGACAAUAUGCGCGCGACACAGGUCCUAUCGAAAGGGCGAUCAGCCUGGAAAGUGCCGAAUAUUGUCGCCCUCCCUAUCGUUCGACCAAAAGCUGGGGAAAAGCUUCAGCCAAUCCGGACGCAAGCACGCUCAGCAACCAUAUUACCAAACUUCGUCGGACUGCGCUUCCAAAUUCAUAAUGGCCUGGUAUACCACGAACUGACGGUGACGGAGGAUAUGGUGGGACACAAACUGGGCGAAUUCUCGCCGACAAGGAAACGUUUCUCGUAUAAAAGGACGGCCAACAAGUGAAUGACAAUCGCGAUUAUAGAGGCUUUGCAUUUCACCAUCCGGCGUUCGAUAUCAUAUACACAGGCGUUAGUACGGACGUAUAUCUUCUGUAUUAACAUGGUGUAAAACAUGUAAACAUUUGCAUCAUAGAUUUGAUAUACAUCAGAAACAAGAAGCGACAGAGCAUCCCAGUCCGAAGAAACACCAAAGCGCCAUCCUGUGUAGAGCAUCCUUUGUGAUCUACAAGAAG